AUGAGAUACAGCAAGAAUCAGGGAACUCUGGACUCUGAGGUUAGAUGGCAGCAGAGGGGCAAUUUGACAAAUGACGUCAGACAUAGAAGUGUGUAUGAAGCAAAGGGUGUCAUCAAAUUCCACCAUGUGGAAAAAAUUGCACGCAUUGACAUUCAUCAUGACUCUCUGAACAAUUCUGGAGACCACAUAGAGGAUGAGAGCACAGUGGGGUGCCACACAUUCACUAAUACCACUGGAAAAGCAACAAUUGUACCGGUUCCUGAUGAAUCAGUACAUAUUGGACAGAGGCUGGGGCUGAGCAACUUGGAUGUGGCCAAAAUCAACAGGCUUUAUAAUUGCAGUCGCUGCAGCACUAUUAUUGAUGCAGCGUUUGGGUCACUGAAAUCUGCCAACUACCCAAGAAACUAUUCAGAUAACAUCAACUGUGUCUGGCUUAUCCGAACCCGAUCCAGAAAGAUUUCUCUGCACUUUCGUGCCUUUCAGCUGAGGACAACCAGAGGCUGUCAGGGUGAUUAUGUUAAAGUUUAUGAUGGAUCCAGCAAGUAUUCUGCAGUCUUAAUGGACAAAACCUGUGGAUCACGGAUACCCACUGACAUAGUUUCUUCUGGCAAUCUUAUGCUCAUAGAGUUUGUCACAGAUAGUGCUGAUACAGCUUCUGGUUUCCAAGCCACCUUUACUUCUGCGAGGAUCCAAAGAAGAUUUAACAUCCGCAACUGAUUUAAUGGAGAAGAAUCUAUUCUGUGAAUAUUGAAAUUAUGGAUUUCCAAUUCUGCUCCUAUCUUGGCUUGGAUCAGUAUGCAAUUUAAUUCUAUUAAGAAUCAAAUUCUUCAUCUUCUUGGGAAAGUUUUUUCCCCAAGACAUAUAAAUGUAUGAAUUCUAUACAUCCUAGUGUAUUAUCCCUUUUGUCUGCACAAUUAAUUUAUUACCUCUUUCUAUUUAACAAUUUAAUUAAAAGCUUCAUUUAAAAAAAAAAAAGCUGUUUCCAUUUCUAUUUUCUGAUUGUCCCUCAAACUGUGCACAAUAUCAAUGUUAUCUUAUUUAUCAGACACCUUCAUUCAGCCACACUGUUGCACACUUUUAAAUGCAUCACUGACUUCAUCAUGAGUUUAGGCAUUUGGCUGGAGAGAACAUUUCCAACUUUACAAACACACAUUCUGUUCUCCACAAUCUUCAGCAUUAAAGGUUUUAGUUACUGCCUUUUUUUCCCAGCCUGAUAUUCAAGCUUCCAAAAAUGACACCUCUCUUAAAUGAUCCUGUUAUAUCCUUAAAUUGCAAGAAACAUGGACAUGACAAAGUUGUUGCCAUAAAGGACUGGUACAUCCUCUUGUACAGUUCUGCUAGGCAGGGGCCAGCUAAAGGGAGCUUUUUAUUCAUAACCCAGUUUUUAGUCCACAGACACAUUUAAGCUCACAGGACGAGAGGUAGACAAGACAGUGCUGCCAGAGUUCAUGCACAA